UGUCCCAUCACUGCUUGCUCACAGCAGAAAACCCUUUCACCUGCCAGGAGCUAUCACUAGACAAGGCAACACUGGAUGUUUUUUGACCCUGAAAAUGAACUUUAGGAGGAUUUUCCUAGUCAAGUGCUUGCUGCUUUUAUUUCCCAGUGUAAAAUGCUCCAGCACCAGCUGGAUUUACAAGGCAGUGAAUGAGACAGCUCUUCUCAGCAUCACUGCUCCUGGGAGCAUCUACGAGGCGACAUGGAGGAGAGGGGGACAAAGGCUGGUUCAGAUCAAAGACAACAAAACCAAGCACUUUGUGAACAAGGAGCAGUGCAGGUGUGCCAUACUGCGAAACGGGACUCUGCAAAUCCAGCGCGUGGAGAGAGAGGACAGCGGCAACUACACGGUGAUGGUUUAUCAGCGGGAUGGAAAGCUGAAGGCAGAAGAAAAUGUAAUGUUCUUUGUUCAGGAACCUGUCCCUCAGCCAAUCCUCAUGGCUGAAUGCAGGAAUAAAAGUGUGUCUGUCAAGUGUGAAGCCAGACAGAAGGCCAAGAAUGAAGCAAAAGAGAAGACCAAGAAUGAAGCAAAAGACAAGCCCGAGGCUGAAGCAUUUAUAAUGGAACUGACUCAACCCAACAGCAAAAAAAUCCAAAAGAACACAACAAUGCUGGAAUGGCAGGGGUGGAAUUCUGGGACAUUCCGAUGCGUUGCUAAGAACCAAGUCAGUGAAAAAAUGGCUGAAAAAGUAAUAAACUGCUCAGGCAAGAUGGACUUCUAUCUCAUCUUAAGCAUAGCAGGAGGUGCAGUCUUCUUUGUCAUCUUUGUGAUUUGUCUUAUUUAUUGUAUCAGAAGGAGGAAAAUGAAAAGGAAUGAAGUUUAUGAGGAGGAGCGAGCGAUGCAGAGCCUGCCCCUGGAGCGUGAGAGGGGGCUGCGGGAGCUGCCCCAGGCUCCAUCCCAGGCCACCCCGAAGCAGCUGCGGGUGCAGCAGCGGCCGCUGCCCCCGCAGCCCCAGGAGCCGCCGCGGCCCCAGCCCCGGCCCCGCGCCCAGCCACGGACUCCCAACCCCCCGAGACAAAGGCCCUGAGCAGGCAGCCUGGCAGGAGGGAUGCUGGACUCUCUGCUCCACCACUCACUGGGAAAAGAAAGGUCGUGCCAGCCAGGAGCCCCUCCUGCCCAGCCCUGCGUAAUGCUCAGCUACGAAAAGGCGGCUUGCCUUGCAGAAAAUUAGAGAGAGCAUCAAGUGGAGAUGAGGAGACUCAAGGUGAUGGGCAUUCAUCCCUGUGGCCAUUUUUCCAUCGUGUUAGGAUCACUCAGCCCUGAAACCUGUGUCUUUCUGUGGUUCACUUGCUUUUACUGCACCUUGUUGUCUUCGAGCUUUUUGGAUGGUUUUCACCAAGAAGAAGCUAAAGCUCUACUUGGACAAAAUGGACCUAUGGAUGUUACAGGGUUUCAUCUCCUGCCACACAUUAGGACAGCUCUCUGGCUUCAGCAUCAAAUAUGUGGCCUCCUGGACUAAAAAAAGUGGUUGUAUGUAAUUAAAUAUUUGUCUGAAGUUGAAAGGAUUUGUGUUGUAUAAUGCAGAGAAGAAAAUAUUGAAAGGACGUGUGAGAACCUUGAAGGACCUGUGUGGGAAAAACACAAAUGGGAAAGGGAGAACUUCUCCCUUUUCUCCCUUUCCCCCCUUUCCCUUUCUUCACUGUG